CACAUAUGGCAGCUUGGCAGUUUGCGUGAGCUUUCUACAGACACACUUGAUUUGUGAAGCCGAAUGGCUGCGGUUGCAUCUCUCUCUUGUAUACUGGAAAGGGAAAUCUGUUCACAUUCAGCUGUGUGUUACUUCAAUAUUUUUGUGUAUUUAUCACUGUAUUUGUCAGAAAAGGGUCUACAAUAUGUCUGGCAUCACAUGCCAUCUCCUCAAAGGUUACUAUCAAACCAAAAUUUAAUCAGCAGAGCACAUGCCUUUUAGUUCUUGUAAAACAAGACAUCCGUACUUCUCUACACAUCAUUUUAAAAGAUGAUUCUCGAUCUUUUCCCAAAAUGCCCUAUGCCCUCCACUUGAGAAUACCUUUCCCCCUCAUUUCAUCACACGCACUGCGAGCAAGCUGUAGUUCUGGGAGGCACCGUUCCAAGCUACUGUGCCACUGAAGGGGAAAGCGACCCCAACUCGCUUUGGUUCAAAUGCCAAUUAAAAUGAACGGCAAUGGAAAAAUACGAUAACACAGCUUUGACCAUGCGAGCUCUCAGUCCCCGAUACCCGGCGUAGUCUCCGUGGGCCACGCGUCGUCGGCCCCUUGCUGGUAUAAGACGGUGAUCAUUAAAAAGUAGUGCUGGAACAUGGUCCACCAUCGCAAUCUGUAUAUUUAUAAAAAGAACGGAUUAGCAUUCACAGCACUGCGAACAGAGCCCGGACUGCGGGGCCGUUAGACAUUCAGAGAUAGAAUCCCCUUUUUCGUGUUGCUGGUGUUUUUUUUAUCAUUUCAUCAUUAUCAUCAUAACAUUUGAUCGGUCAGUAAAUAUGGUCCUUGAUACGUCUGCUUGAUUACGGCAUCAUACCUUGCACAACAUUGAUUGAGAACCAAUUGACGGGCGUCGCAUCUGGAAAUCGUACUCACAAACGCUAGCCAUGAACGACUCGACAGACAUAUUUAUGUUGGUCUCGAUCGCCGCAUCUCUAGUGGAAUGGUGUGAAGUCCAGCUGCCGGCCGGGAUGCAGCGCUGACAUGGUGCCUCCGCGCCGUGCCAAUGAGGAGGAGAAAGAGGACGCGGCCGAUGGUCCGCGACUGGUGCACAUCACGGCCGCCACCGAGCUGAGCGAGCUGCAGCGCCAGCUGGGCACGGCGCGGCUGGAGGCGGUGCGUGCCGUCUCGCUGACCAGCGAGCCCGAGUCGGCCGGCGGCCUCAGCUGGGCGCUGCAGCGGCUGCCGCGGCUGCAGGAGCUGCGCCUGCUGCGCACCGCGCUGCCCGGCGGCCUGCGAGCCUUCGGGUCGGGCUUGUUCCAGCUGCGCGUGCUCUGGAUGGUCGGCUGCCAGCUGACCACGCUGGACGGCGUGUGUGCGCUGCCGCGGCUGCGCGAGCUGUACGUGGCCAGGAACCAGCUUGACGACGUGUCCGUCUGCAGCUGUCUGGAGCAGCUGCAGGUGCUCGAUGUCGAGGACAACCAGCUGUCAGAGUCGGUGUCGCUGAUGUUCCUGCGCGCCUGUUCCGAGCUGUGCACGCUGGAGCUGCGCGGCAACCCACUGUGCUCGGACCGGACGCAGCUGCAGCAGCUGCCUGACUGGCUGCCACAGCUCCAGACCCUCAACGGCGAGCUGACGGAGACCGGCCGGAAGCUGCUGCGUCGGCUGCAGCGGCCGGCGCUCAAGGUCAACACGUGGAUGGCGGCCGCAGCCGCGGCCAACGCCGGUUUGGAGAGGAAGCGCACUGGAGAGUGCACGUAG